AUCAUCUGUGUUCCGGGCCAUAAACAUUUUUAAUAAUAAAUAAUAAACAAUACCAAAAUAUAUCCUCAAAUCCAAUUUUUCUAUUAAGCACUUGAUCUGCUAUUGAUUCCAUGCCCACAGAGCUCAACCAAAAAGCUGGCCUUACUAUUCAGAGGCAAAACCAACAAAAAAAGGGAAAAAAAAGUAAGGCCUUUAAAUGAAGAAACAACUAUGAAGAUUAUUUCAUUUCUUGUGCAUUGCGUCUUUCUCGAAGCUGAGGCAAUAAAACUUGAAUUUUGCAGGUAAAGAUGAACAAAUCUGCAGUAUUUUCAUCAUAUGAAGCUGCAGGUUAUUGCAGCCAUGACUUUGAUUAUCAAGCAGAUUUUACUCAGUUUUUGGAAGAAGCAAAAAAAAGUACAUUCCAAAAAACACCAACCACGCCACAAGUUAGUGAAAAACAGUUGAACCCUGCAAAAAAGAACAAGAAAUCAUGGAAGACAUCUCUGUUUUUCUGGUUGAAAAUCGAGAAGAAGGAUAACAAACCCGGCCAGAACAGAGAAAAGGCCUUCAAGCCCAAAAACGGGCAUGUUUCGGGCCCAGUCCACCUAACUACAGGCAAGAAUACCGCAAGCAGAGCCCGCAGGCCCGCAUCGGGCCCGCUCACGAGUAUUUUCAGCCCAACAAAAGGAGCAGAUGAGUAUGAUAGGGUGCCUUAUGUGUGUCUUGGCCAGAUUAGUGAGCCCCCCAAGCUUCAGUCAUAUGGGCCUGUUUACUUGGUCACAUAGCAAAAGUUAGAUUGGAUUUUGAAAGUGUUGUUUAGAUUAGUUGAAUUGAGAUUAGAAAUUCUUGAUUUUGGUGUUUUGGAUGUUUGUUCUGUGCAAAGAAUAAUGUGCUUUUUAGUUGGCUCAUAAUGGCUAUUCAAGCCUGGCUUUUAUGAUACAGUUGGGUUCAAUCCUGUAUUCCCUAUUUGAGAGUCCAAUUUUUGCUAAUUUUUGCUUUUUUUGUUCAGUUGAAUGCUUAGAGUAACUCAAUUAUAUGUGGAAUAGGGGAAUUAGCUAGUGGGCCUUAUAAAUUUAGGAGAAGAAAAAUGUAUUUGGG